ACGACUGUAAUCAAAUUUAAAACCAAUUAAAUUUUCUUAUUACUCUUGAUUGAAGUCAAGUUCUUUAUUGAAUUAUGAAGAUGAAAUCUCUGUUACAUUUUUUGUUACAAAUAACUAUUAUUACUCAUUGCUUUGGGAGUGACAAGAAACCCGUUAAAUAUAAUCAAACUAAGCCUGAGUCAAAAUUUCACAACCCGAAUUUCGUUCGAGACCGCUUUAAAAAUGUGAUUUUCAAGCCAGAGCUACCGGAAUCUUGGAAACAUCGGUUCCGAAAGCCAUUCCAUCCAGCCUGGAUGGAUUACUGCGACCCGUACCACUGUAACGACUACCACAAGCUAGCCUGUGGACUCAACCGGAGUAACAUGCGGUUCAAAUGGUUUCAGAGUGGAUGUCACAUCAUAUUGAAUAAUCAGUGUGCGACCUAUCGUGGCAGUUUGAAAUACGACGUGGUAGACCCGAAAUUCUGCAUGAUAUAUGUGAUGUAUUUGAGAUCAAACUGCCCUGAUGUCUGCAGAGGGUAUGUGCAACCAGUGUGUGGAGUCAGCAGUUUUGAUGGUCACGCUGUUUUGUUUGUAAACAGAUGCGCUAUGGAAAUGGUUAAUUGCCGAAGCAAUCUCCCAGAAUACGAAGAAGUUAAGAUGGAAAUGUGUUUAGUCUACGCAAACAAACUGAAAAAAUAUUAUGUGUAAUAAAUAGAUAUUUUAAACAG